GUCGUCAUCUUCGCAGACCAGUUUCAAGGGCAGUACGACGUGACAAGCGCUGCAGCUAAUUCAAGACUACUUGACGCCGAGUAUUUGAGCGCGGUGCUGCUGCGGCGCCUGCACCAGGACACCGUUGGAAGGGGGAUUUCCCUACGCGUAGAUCACAGCGGCGCAUGCGCGCUUUUGAGGACAGUGGCCACGCUCCCGACCUCUCCGUGGGAAAUGCUGCACGCACUGGAGAACCCGAGAACACGAGUCCUGGUGGUGAUAGAUCCAGAAGAAGAAGCGGAUGUCUCCUCAGAUGCCGAGGAACUGCUUCAGAGGGCGUGGGCAGCGUACGUCAAUGACAUGACAAUAGUGACUUGGAAUCGCAGCCGGGCAGAAGUCUGCGCGAUGCGGCUGCUCCCCUACACUGGUCCUCGCCACCUGGGAACGGUGUUUGUACGCUGUGGUGUUGCAUCAACUAUCGCGCUUGAGCCAGGGCACGACAUGCAUGGCCAACCGCUACGUGCCAUGGUCUUCCACAAUCCUCCGCUGAUGGAUGCUCGGCGUACGCCCACAGGCAUCGUGGAGGUCGACGGUCAGAGCCACUUGAUGUACCAGCUGCUGCUUCAAUACAUGAACGGGUCGGCGAGCUACCGACUGGUAACAGAAGAAGAGAAGGUUUUUCUCGGAAACCAUCUGUCCGGAGCGGCUUUGGCCGACUUCUUGCGGGAGAAUGGCAUCGAGUACACCAUCAAUUGGGUACAAGUGCGCGGCUUUCAUGGUAGAGCAGUCUUCGAGUUCACGUACCCUUACAGGGACCACUCGUACUGCUUCGUGGUAUCUAUUGCUGGGCGGCUGCCGGCUUACAUGAAUCUUCUGCUGCCCUUCUCUGGGACGGCCUGGGAGGUGCUGGGCGCCAACCUGUUGGCCUACGCGGCAGCCCUGUACACCAUGGACAUCUUCAGGAGUGGCAUCUGGGGGCUGAAGAGGGCCAGCGUGUUCGAGAGCGCGUUCAUUGUCGUCAGAGUGUUCGUCACGGGCAGCUUCAGGCCGGGGGACGCCAGAGGGGUGACGCGCGUCGUGCUGCUGGUCUCCUUGUCCAGUCUCUGUCUGCUCUUCACUAACUCGUUCCAGGGUUCGCUGACGAGCUACCUGGCUGUGCCCCAGUACGCGCAGGACAUCGACACUCUGCGGGACCUGGACGGCUCGGGGUUGCGCCUGCUGGUGCACCCCCUGGUCGCGACCGCGGUCACCCCUAGCGGGCCCGGUGACAUCGCUGCCUCUCUCCGCAAAAAGUUCGUCGUGCUGAUCAAGAGCCCAAAGGCGAUCACUAUGGUGCUGAGCCAACCUCGGCGAUACGCCGUUGCAUUAGGGGUGGCGGCGGCUCGCAUGGUGGUGAGCUCCCGGGCGGCGGCAGGGCGGCUGCACCUGGUGAGGGAGUGCCUGGUGCCGGGAAUGGCGGCGCGAGCCUCCCGGAUGGGCUCGCCGCUGGUGCCG